CAGUCUGCACCUCUGCCUUCAGAUGAGCACGGAGCCUCCUGCAGUUUGCAGGCGUACAGACAGCCAGAGGAAUACCACGGCUGUGCCUCUGCUCUGCCUUGGACUGUGGUGUGGGCUAUAGCGCUGCAAACGCGGCGUCCCCACUGUCUCAACGUUGAGCCUGUGCGGCAGCGGCAAAAUUCACUCUGCUACCGCCUUGCCUGCUGCACUUCGCCGCUCCCAGAGAGAGAAACCCGUCUGUACCCCACUUUCAAGUCGCUAAAGGAGACCGUGGAUUGGAACUAAUUAUUGCGCCUAUUGGAUCAAUUUGAGUGGAAUUACUGUUAGGUCGUUGUUUUUCAUGGUUGAAUACAGUAGGCUAUAUGGAUACCCAAUCUGCGUGAUAUCGGUUCAUGAUUGAGAAGCACGGAGGGGCGUGGAAUUAAUUGAAAUCUAUUUGGUCUUCUUGGAUGUAAAACAACCGAGAUUUAUUUCUCCCCACUCCUCCCUUCCCCUCUCCUCACCUUCAACAUGACUUCUCUGUCUGGGACCAAAGAGAGGUCUGUGACCAGCAGGAGCAGAAAAUACGGGAUGACCGACACCUCCCCGACAAAAUCAGCCUCCUUCUCCCCGGAGACAUGGUACAGAAAGGCCUAUGAGGAYUCCCGGACCGGCAGCCGACCCGCUCCAGAGGGAGCCGGCUCUAUGCCCAGCUCCACAGGCACCCCCUCCCCAGGAUCUGGCACCUCGUCCCCGGGAUCCUUCUCCGGUUCCCCCGGGACCAUAUCUCCAGGGAUCGGGACCGGUUCCCCUGGGUCUCUAGGUGGCUCGCCAGGUUUCGGUACAGGUUCGCCGGGCUCUGGCAGCGGGAGCUCUCCUGGUUCUGAGAGAGAGAGGGGGAUAUGGUGUGAGAACUGCAAUGCCCGGCUGGCGGAGCUGAAGAGACAGGCGCUGAAGCUACUGAUUCCCGGCCCCUACUCCAGCAAGGAUCCGUCCUUCUCCCUGCUCCUCCACGACAAGCUUCAGGUGCCCAACAGCUCGGGGCGGGCCUGGAAUGAGCGUGACAGUCGCUGUGACGUGUGUUCCACCCACCUGACCCAGCUGAAACAGGAAGCAGUCCACAUGGUGCUGACCAUGGACCAGUGGGACCUGUCCCCCAGCUCGCCCCCCACCCUGCCCAGCCACAGUGGCCCUCCACAGGGCCCCACAGCCCCAUGGGACUGGGCUUACCUCCCUUCAGCCGCAGCAGCCUACCCCCAUCCCCGUCCAAACCCACUCCACCCUACCAUGCCUCCAACAUCCUCUACUGCGUCCUUCUCCAGCCUCAGCCAUGCUGRGUCCAACCCCAGCCCAGGUGCAACUUCUGUGGGUCAAACAUCCACCCAUGUAGCCUCUUCAGCGCCAGCCCCGGCGUCCUCAUCGCCGACUCCAUCCCCGGUGCACCAGGGAGGGUACCCCCGCCAAGGUUCCAAGCCCAGUUCCCUAGGAGUAGGCCUCGGGGUGGAGAGGAGGAACGGCUCCCCGGCACACUCCAGUAAGACCACCGGUGUCCCGUCGGCCCAGUCGCCCAACAGCCCGGGUAGUAACGGGAACAGUUCUGGUAGCGGAGCAGUGUUGAGUACAGCAGCCCUGCAGGCUCACCAGUACAUGUCUCGCACCAACGGAGGAGGAGUCACACUCUACCCCUACCAGAUCUCCCAGAUGAUAUCUGAUGGGUGUCGAGAGGGUGUGACGGAGGCAGUUCUGAACCGCUACAACGCUGAUCGCCCCUCGUCCUCGCAAGCCCCUCCCACUCUGCAGGUUACCACGGCAGCACCAACCACCACCUCUGCCGCCGCGUCCUUCUUCGCCAGGUAA